ACCCGGUCGGGGCUGGUCGGUGCACGGGCACGGCCUUCGUGACGUCGCGAGCGCAGUGGCAGUGCAGGGCGCCGUGCUGCAGCCGCGCAGGAGUCGGCCCGAGUGUCGGCCGAGUGGUGAACCAGUGCAGUGCAGUGUUGUGUUGUGAUGAAGAUGAGUUAGUGCCGCGCUCCACCAUGCAGACCCUGUUCGGCGACCAGAACGUUUACUACCGCAUGUCUGGCCACCAGGGCAUGUCCGGCAUGGGCGUGGGCGGCAUCUCGGUGUCCGGGGCCAUCGGCUCCUACCCGUACGACCAGUACACGCGGUACGGGUACUCGGGGUACCCGCAGCAGAUGCCGCACAAGGACAUGGUGAAGCCGCCCUACUCGUACAUCGCGCUCAUCGCCAUGGCCAUCCAGCACCAGCCCGAGAAGCGCAUCACCCUCAACGGCAUCUACCAGUUCAUCAUGGAGCGCUUCCCGUACUACCGCGACAACAAGCAGGGCUGGCAGAACUCGAUCCGGCACAACCUGAGCCUCAACGAGUGCUUCGUGAAGGUGCCGCGCGACGACAAGAAGCCCGGCAAGGGCAGCUACUGGGCGCUGGACCCGGACUCGUACAACAUGUUCGACAACGGCUCGUACCUGCGCCGCCGCCGGCGGUUCAAGAAGAAGGACGCCCUCAAGGAGAAGGAGGAGGCGCUCAAGCGGCAGAUGCAGGUGGGCGGGGCGCCGCCGCAGCAGCAGCAGCCCGUCAAGCAGGACAAGGAGGACAAGCUGGCCAGCAAGGACUGCAAGCCGCUCAAGCGGGAGCCGCUGUCGUCCUCCGGGGACCACCUGAGCGCCUGCAAGUACCUGCACCAGGACGUCAAGCCGCCGCCCGCCAUCCUGGCCGACGUGCAGCAGGCGCCGCAGCACGCGCUGGACCCCGCGGCCCUGGACGGCGGGCCGGGCGGGCCGGGCGGCGCGGCCGCGGGGGUCAUCGUGGGCCCCGGCUUCGACACGCUGAGCGCCACGCCGCAGCCCGGCUACGCGCGCUACCCGUACCACUGCGCGCAGUACCAGCACCCCGCCGCGCACCCCGCCGCGCACCACCACCAGCAGGUACUCCACCAGCAGCAGGAGGACGUGCUGGGCCAGCAGCAAUUCGCGCGCCACGCGCACGCCUGGUACACGCCCGUCACGCCGCCGGAGGCCGCCGCCUCGCCGGACACCGCGUCCAUGUACGACGGCCACAACCCGAGCUGCCAGCUCGGCGUCGGCCACCAGGGCCACCAGACGCCGCACCCGCACUCGCACCCGGUGUCCCACCACCAGCACCACCAGCAGCACGUGUACUACCAGCAGGACUGCGGCACCGCCAAGUACUAGGCCAACUCUCGGCUUUUCUCGCUGUCGCGCGGCCAUCGUCCGCGAUGUGCGAAAAGGUUACCUCUGGAAAGUCGGUGGACGCGGAUCUUUGAACUCAUUCAUUCCAAAAAACGUCGCGGCAAUAUUAUCACGAGGGUUGUUGUUGUUAUUGUUUUAUCCAGUGAAUCUCACCAAAGUGCAGUGUUGUUGAUGUUCUUGUUGUUACGGGGGAGGCGUUAAUCAAAGCUCGCAAAUUGUUUUUGCUUUUCUGGAUUGAGUGUACCUUAAUUUUCAACGAACCGUACUUAUUGAAAAUAUCUCCAAUGUUUACAUUUUUUCAGUCUUUGUGCACCCUUUGUUUUUUGGGUCCACCUGUGACAGUUGUCUCUUGAGUUCGAAAAAUGAUGCUAGUGUCGUGUGAGCCUGUUGAGCCACUGUAUCUCUGAGUCACGAAAAAGACUGUCAAACGAUUCAAGUAAUUCAACAAUUGGGUCAGUCUGAGCUCCUGGAAUUAAAGUGCAUUUUCUGUUGUUAUCUCCUUUUCGCUGGCUUUCCACAGCGGUGUAGCUAGGCUGCAGUCGCUCUUAUUGUGAUAAAACGGAGUGGGGGUUUGUGUGUCCUCGUCUCUCUUUUGACGCCAACGAUUAAAUGCUCGAUUUGUUUGGAAAGAUUUUGCGCCAAAACUUUCAGAACUUGAGAACAUCGCGAAUUUGUACCGCGAUUCGAAAGUGUCGCUUCAUUUCCUCCGUACCCGAUUCAAGAUCUUUCCGAACAAAUGCGCAGGACUGUUGCAUUUAAUUUGCGUCGUUUUUAAUUGUUAAGCUUUCUUAAUCAACUAUUAGUUUAUUUGGUCUCGACCGCAAUAUUAACGCGAGUUGGGUGAAACCUGUGAUUUCAGUUGUCUAGAAUUUGAAUUUCUAGGUAACAUAUAAGAUAGUAUUUAUGUGUGAGAGUAAGUAUAGAUAAUUUAUAUAUGGGGAAUGACCAGUGACUUGUGGGGUUUUAUGUAUAAACUGAUAAUGGAAGAUGAUUAAUUUUCACCUGUAGGGAUCAUUCUUUCUUUUGCCUCAAUGGGAAAAAAAUACCUGAUUGUUAUAACUGUCAUAGCUGUGUAUAUAAGA